AUGACGCUGCCAUGGAAACUGCUUCUGUUACUAUCAAUCAUCAGCCGUCUGACAGAUUGUACGGACAGCGGAUCUUACCAUGGACCGAGGUGGAGGAUGGAACCGGGGGACUUGUUCAUCCCCGUCGACUCCAUCGAGGAAGAAGCUACCUUGACAUGUGACGCUAAAGGAAUACCUCCUCCUCAAUACAGAUGGUCACUAAAUGGGACUCUAAUAAAUCUGGGCCUGGAUCGGCGGCGGCGUCUGUCUGGGGGCAACCUCAUUAUAAGCAAUCUGGAUCGCUACCAGGAUGUAGGGAUGUACCAGUGUAUGGCCUACAACACUGUAGGAGCUAUCCUGAGCAGGAGAGCGAGUCUACUGUUUGCCUACUUGGAUCAUUUCAAAGUUCACACCAGAAGCGCUGUGUCAGUCCGCGAGGGACAAGGAGUGGUGUUACUGUGUGGCACUCCUACUUCCUCUGGAGACCUUACGUAUGCGUGGAUCUUCAACGAGUAUCCAUACUUUGUUCAGCAAGACAAUCGGCGUUUCGUCUCCCAGCAGACGGGAAACCUUUACAUUGCAAAGGUGGAGCGCUCGGAUGUGGGUAACUACACUUGUGUAGUGAUGAACAGCAUCACGAAGGGCAAGGUUCACAGCUCACCAACGUCCCUCAUUCUCAGGACGGACGGAGUGAUGGGUGAAUAUGAGCCGAAAAUAGAAGUUAAUUUCCCUGACAAUGUACCUGCUGCGAAAGGAUCAACAGUUACUCUGGAGUGUUUCGCCCUUGGGAACCCAGUCCCAGAGAUCACCUGGAGGAGAGCCAACGGAGUCCCGUUUCCCAGCAAAGUUAAAAUGAAGUACUCAAAUGCUGUUCUGGAGAUCCCCAGCUUCCAGCAGGACGACACAGGAGGGUACGAGUGUGUGGCUGAGAACAAGAUGGGCAAGAACACGGCUGCUGGUCGACUGGCUUUUUAUGCCAAGCCUCAGUGGAUCCAGACCAUGAAGGACACAGCCCUGGCCAUAGAGGAGAGACUCUACUGGGAAUGCCGAGCGAAUGGCAAGCCCAAACCGUCCUACACUUGGCUGAAGAACGGCCAGCAACUCCUCUCCGAGGAUCGGAUCCAUGUGGAAGAUGGAGUCAUGUCAGUGUCUGUGCUGACACUCUCUGAUGCCGCCAUGUACCAGUGUGUGGCUGAGAAUAAACACGGUGUCAUAUACUUUGCUGCUGAACUAAUGGUUUUAGCUUCUCCUCCAGACUUCACAGGCAAUGUCCUCAGAGCUUUGCUCAAAGCCAAGGCAGGAACUACAGUCACUCUGGACUGUAAACCCAAAGCCUAUCCCACAGCAAGCAUCUUAUGGAAGAAAGGAAACCUGCCUAUCCACAUGAACGACAGGAUCACGCUUUCCCCCGAUGGAACUCUGAGACUUGCAAAUGUGAGCAAAUCUGAUGCAGGCAGCUACACGUGCUUCGCUAGGAAUAGAUUUGGGAUGUCAAGUACAACUGGAAGGCUCCUGGUUACGGACCCAACCAGAUUUAUCCAGGGUCCAGUGGACAUGGAAAUCAUUGUAGGUGAGAGCGUUGUGUUGCCCUGUCAGGUCAUCAGUGACCCCGUCCUUGAUGUGUCCUUUUCCUGGGCUUUUAAUGGACAGCUGAUCACCAAUGGAGACGGUCACUUUGAGCUGGUGGGUGUGCAGAGAACAGCGGGAGAUCUUAUGAUCAGGAACAUUCAGCUUAACCAUGCUGGCAAAUAUAUCUGCGUGGUGGACACAGACGUGGAGAGCCUGUCAGCUGUGGCUGUAUUGAUUGUCAAAGGCCCCCCCAGCCCUCCAGACUCAGUGACAGUGGAGGAGGUGACAGACAGCACGGCACAGCUGGCCUGGAACCCCGGCAGAGACAACGGCAGCCCCAUCGCCAUCUACCUCAUCCAGACAAGAACUCUGUUCACUGUGGGCUGGCAGAGGGUUAACACAGUUCCAGAGGUGAUCGAUGGAAACACCCUGACUGCCACUGUCGUGGACCUUAACGCCUGGGUCGAGUACGAGUUUCGAGUGUUGGCCAAAAACAGCGUUGGGAUUGGAGAACCUAGUCCCGUGUCAGUCAAGACGAGGACAGAAGAUGCAGUUCCAGAUGCAGCACCAGGUGAUGUGGGUGGAGGAGGUGGAAGCAGAUCUGAACUGGUCAUCACAUGGGAGCCUGUUCCCGAAGAACUGCAGAAUGGCGAGAGCUUCGGUUACAUCAUUGCUUUCCGUGCAUUUGGAGAAGUUAGCUGGACCCACGUGGCCACCUCUGCCCCCGGCGCAUCUCGCUAUGUAUACCACAAUGACAGCAUUGCACCCUUCUCCCCAUUUCAUGUCAAAGUUGGCACUUACAACAGCAAAGGGCAGGGCCCCUUCAGCCCCGCGUUGACCAUUUACUCCGCAGAGACUGAGCCAAGCGGAAUGCCGGCGGGAGUUUGGGCCAGGAGUGCCUCAGCCUCCGAGAUUGAAGUGAAUUGGCAGGCUCUCUCCUCCACCCCUGAACGGGUGCUGGGCUAUGAGGUGGUUUACUGGGAGGAUGACACCAAGCCAGAGACUAUGGGGAAGGUUAGAGUGCCAUGGAACCAAACCUCGGUCACAGUGAACAGCUUGGCGGCACACACACAGUACUUUUUAACAGUCAGCGCCUUCAACACGGCGGGCACGGGCCCCUUCCUUCCUGCGAUCAACGUCACCACAAAAAAGCCACCGCCAGCCCAGCCACCGCAGAAUAUUGAUUGGACCCUAAUUGGCUCUCAGCUGUCUCUGUACUGGGAGCCGGUGGUGGCAAUGGAAUCAGAGUCAGACGUCACAGGCUAUCAACUUUCAUACUGGAGACAGAGACACAAAGAGGUAAACACGUUGACAACAGGCAAUUCAACAGCAGAGCUGACCCUCCCGGAAAACGACGAAGACUUUAUCAUUCGAGUUCAGACGUUGAGCGAAGGAGGACUGGGUCCAGCCUCGGAUCCCAUACGAAUCCACAGACUCAGUAUGAGUGCUCGUGGCUCCACAGCCUGGAGUGUGGACGUUUCUCCGCUCUCCUUCUUCUUCACCAUUGCAAUACCUACAUUCAGGUCAACGUUGUGACACUACUUUGCUCUGCUUCUCAACAUUUACUUUUGAUAUUUUUCUAAUAAUUUCUGACAAUGGCCAUGUUUCCUUUUGAUUCUUUUUUUUUUUUUUAAGAUAACAGUUUUGUAAAAGUAUG